AUAAAAGGAACAGAAAGAAAUUUUCAUGUAAACACUGUAAGAAGAAUUUCAAAACGAAACAACAUUUGCAAAAUCAUGAAAGAAUACAUACAGGAGAAAAGCCUUACAAUUGUGACGAGUGUAAACAGAAGUUUUCUGAAAAAGGAAACUUAAUUAGACAUCUUCGCAUCCACACCGGAGAAAAGCCUUACACAUGUGACGAGUGUAAACAGAAGUUUACACAAAGGGCAGCCUUAAUUACACAUCUUAGGACUCAUACAGGAGAAAAGCCUUAUACUUGUGACGAGUGUAAACAGAAGUUUUCUGAAAAAGGAAACUUAAUUGAACACCUUCAGACCCGUACUGGAGAAAAGCCUUACACUUGUGAUGAAUGUAAACAGAAGUUUUCACGGAAGCAGCACUUAAUUAGACAUCUUCGCACGCAUACUGGAGAAAAGCCUUACAUUUGUGAUGAGUGUAAACGGAAAUUUUCACAGAAAGAUAGCUUAAUUAGACACCUUCGUAUCCACAACAGAGAAAAACUGUAUGGAUGA